AUGAACAAUCAAGAUCUUCAAAGCGACGAGCAGCAGUCUCAUCAACGAACUACCACAGAUGUUCCUAAACAAUUACGAGAAAGACGACAAAGUUCGAUCAUCGACCUAUGGGCUACUGUGGAUAGAUCUCGUCUCGAACAGGAUGUCCACAUAAUACCUCUUGACGAUCUCUAUAAGCGUUUUCAUACGAACCCACGUGAUGGCUUAUCAGCUGCUGCUAUAGCAGAUGCACAAGCUCAAUAUGGCCAAAACAAAAUAACUCCACCGAAGCCACCAAGUUAUCUUUGGUUGCUCUUCAAGCAAUUAUUCAUGGGUUUCAACACAAUUCUCUGGGUUGCUGGUAUUUUUGCUUUUUUAGCCUACAAACCAUUUGGUAACCCAUAUCCAUCGGUAACAAACUUAGCACUCGGUAUUGUACUCGUCCUGGUCAUCACUUGUAAUUCGAUUCUGAAUGUUUUCCAAGAAAUUAAAUCGAUAAAAAUCGUAGCAUCCUUUUCGAAAUUAUUACCAACAAUUGCUACAGUUCGACGUGAUGGUAAAGAACAACAAAUAGUUGCCGACCAAAUUGUACCAGGAGACAUUAUUCUCGUUCGUAUGGGUGACAAAUUACCUGCUGAUUGUCGAUUUUUCAUCUGUGAAGGGCUUAAAAUCAACACAUCGGAAUUGACCGGCGAAUCCAAGCCUGUCACGUCAACAGUUCGAUGUACGAGUUCACAUUUAAUGGAAUCGACUAAUAUUGGCUUUUAUUCUUCGAUGGUUGAACAAGGCACCGGCGAGGCAGUGGUCAUUGCCACCGGUGACAACACUAUUUUGGGCAAAAUGUCACGACUGACACGCGGCGAUUCGGGUGAUGAAAUCACCGGUUUACAUCGCGAAGUCAACCGUUUUGUUUUAUUCGUUGUUGUAGCCACUACUAUCUCUAUUGUCAUCCUGUGGAUCACUUGGGGUGCAUGGCUCAAUAAAGAUCAUCACGGUUUUAUUACCUAUAAUGCAAAUAUUGUUAACUCCAUCGGCAUGAUUGUCGGUUUUUUACCUCUCGGCUUGCCAUCGGCUGUGACUCUUGGUAAGUGA